AUGGCCAACCUUUCUACCAGCAGUAGCACAACUACCGAUGAUCGUCUCAGGGCCGACUCCAAUCCUACAGGCCAAGUAUUCGGUCAUGCUCAUUCCCAAGCCUGGGAGCUUUUCCGUGCCCAAAAGCUGGAUCAAGCGAUCCAACUGGCUCAACGCAUGCUCUCCGAGCCUCGCCUUGGCAAUUUCCACCGGGCUGGCUUCCAUCUGAUCAUGGCGUUUGGCGAUGAUCAAUACGUUGAGCAUGCCGAACGCGCCCUUGCCCUCUACCAGGAACUCGCACCCACGCCGCGUGUCGAACUUCUCAAGAAGCGCGCUCAAGACAUUCUCAACGACGCCCGCGAAGACUUUGCUGCUGAGUCUGCACAGGAAAUUGAUGGGGAAAGGGUGGAGGAAGGAGGAGAAAUGAAGGAGGAAGGAGGAAUAGAGGAGGAAACUUUUCAGGAGGGAGAAGACAUCGACCCAGAAAUGACCAUCGACAUGUUCAAGAUUGUUUCCCAAGAGCAGGCUGUCUACGACGACGAACAAAAAGAGAUACGCAAGGACGUUGCUCUUGCUGGCCUAGGCGAUGAGGAUGAGGAUGAAGUUAUUACUGGAGCUGAAGAGGAUGGCGAUGAAGCCUGGGACCCAUCUAUCCACUUAGCGGGCGUUGACGUGGGCCCUGGAAGCGAUGUCGACGAGGACAACUUCGACAGUGAUGGCUCGGAGGACUUUGUAGUCUCGGAUGAGGAUGAGGACGAGGAUGAGGGUGACGUUAACGAUGCCAAGCGCAUUGAUCUCGAGGGUAAGGAGAAGGGAGAGCACCUCAGUAGCAGCAGUGCGUAG